ACACUCACGAUGCGACGCUGAACAUUCUUCGGAGUCGGCGUCACGAGCUGCUCGGUUUGUGAUCCACGCUUCCGGAGUUGAAUUCAUCGCCGCAAGAGUCGAAUCCUUGGGUUCAGGGCGUAGGAAAACACCAUGCCCAUCUGCUUGCUUCCACCCUUCGCAUCCCGCGCCGCGUCGCCCGCGUGCCAUGUUAGGCACAGCGCAUGGAGGAUCGACACCCGAAACGACGUAGCUCCAGUUCCUCUCGAGGUUCGCGGAAGGAUUGCGAUUGCGAGGAGUCCGAGAUAUGUCUGGAGACGGUUCGUAGUGCCCGUGGCAGGCGGGGAUCGCAGCGACAGGUCGGUGGUAGCGGACAAGCUUCAAAGUGAAGGACCUGCGGAUUGGGAGGAAUUUGGUGCCCAUGUGAGUGGAGAAUGGGACGGGUACAUGGCAGAGUUCAAUUUCAUGGGGGAGCCUCUUCAGCUGCCAAGUAACGUGGUACCUGAUGCCUUUCACGAUUGGGGUAGAGAGGUUCACGAUUGGCAAACGCAGUGCUCGACUCUGGCCCAUCCUGAGAAAGGCCAUUUUGCGUACAAGGACAUAAAGCUGGUCCCUACUGUGGGCUGUGAAGAAGAUGCUGUCACUGUCUAUGGCGUCGAGAAAUGUGAUGUACAACGAGACGCUUCCAUGCUUGCGUACCAUGGUAGUGGGUCGUACACAAUUACAUGGCGUGGCAACCGCGUCGAAAACGAAAGCUCACACGGCCCAGGUAAGGAGGUGAUCCGUGAGGGUGACGACCUGGAAGUGGAGCAAUGCCUUGUGCACGAGCAGAGCCGGACGCGAAUUCGAGUCUGCCAACAUCUACGAAUGCGUAGGCACAUUAGGGUGUUCCGUGAAGCUUGGGAAGGCCCUUUCCGUAAUGGUGAAUCGCUCGGUGGUUGUGCGGUUGGUACCGCAGGUUUUGCGACUGAAAAGCCUUUGCACGUCUCCUCCUUGUCAGGAUUUUGGCAUGCAAUGCUGUACUCUUCGAACAGUCUACAAAAUCAACUAGUCAAGCAACAGAUGUGUAAAACCGGUGGAUUAAGUUUUUCAGGCGAAGAAAUUUUUGAAAGGACUUUAGCCGAUUCCUUCCUUUUCCUUUGUCUUCCCAAAGAUAUGUGGACCUUGUUGACAAGAACCGAUUCUGGGGGUACUCUUGUCGAAACUGGCUGGCUUGUAAAUCCUGAUCAAUGUAUAGUUUCUAGAUGCGAGUUCGAAGAGUCCGGAAUUCUUAAGGGAGUUUGUCUGAGACAUGAGAAGCGGCUCUCUGCUGAAGAAGCAACCCGCAGAGGUGGGAGCUUACGUACUAGCGACUGGCAGGACAUUGAGGAAUGUAUUGAUGAAGAGUGACACGUUUGUUGACAUUUCAUUACCGACACGCAUAGUCAUGUUAAUAUUAGUAAAUUGAUCUCUAACCGACUGAGAGGUUUGGCUCAAUGUCGAUGUGAUAUAAUAUGAUACGUAGCUUCUAAGGAUUUUGAGUUUUGUUCUGAAAAUGAACUUUGCAAUUCAUUUCCAGAACACAACUUACGAGACAAUCAAGUUGAUGUUAAGCCAGUCUCAAGCUUUUCGAAAAUUGUCAGCAAAAACUUCUUUGAGCUUCAGAAAUUUGAAUGACGUACUGUGUAAAGAGCAGGGUUAUUCUUACUAAUCUAGCUACUUCUGACACUUUCAGGUACUCAUUCCUAAUCCUGCAAAAUCCGUUGGCAUAAUUAAAUUGAAUUACAAGUC